AUGUUUCAAAAGACAACUCUCUACAUCCCCUUCGCAAUCCUCCUCAUCAUCGCCACCGUCCAACUCGCACUCGUCUCUCGCAUGGUCGCUUUCUUGCAUAUUCAAAAGACCGAGAUUGGUACGUAUUACAUCCUCAACACCAAUACCAGCCCAACAGACAGCAAUGGUUUCUAUCUCCACGUUCUGCCUGAAAAACUCUCUCUAAAUCAGGGACAUGUCACCAAUGGCGCGGCUGGAUAUGGCGUUGUAAUGAGUAUUGCAUCUCUGGUGGCAUGUGUAUUUCUCCGGAGGGAUGCGUAUCAUCAGCGCCACAAAGUUAUACUCCUAGCCAUCACCAUCGCCAUCUCACUCCUCGUACUCUUCAUACUCACAGCCUUAACCUACGUCUUAGCCGUAACGUAUCUCACCAUCGAUAACAAAAUCGACAUCGAUAACAAAAUCGACAUCGACAUCGCGCGCACCCUUUCACCUACAGGACCUCAGGUAGUGGCAUACAACAUCGACAGCUGGACGCCCGAAACAUGGUAUCAAGCCUUGCUGUUGCUGCCGCUCGAAGUAUCCACGGAGUCGAUGUUAUCCGCAGCUGUGUCGGAGAUGGUUGCUUGGCGGGCGUGGGUUACGUUGUAUGAGAUUGUUGCGAUGGUGGUGACGUGGUGGACAGGGAUGACAUAUUUGAGGGAGUGGAAGAGGGAGGAGGAGGAGGAAGAGGAGUUUGUGACGUAUAGGAUUGGAAUUGCUGAGCGUAGGAAGUAA